CCGCGAGUAAUUAAGGAUUAUGAGUGCUCAUCUGCGCCGAGCCUAGUCCCAGCAUCCACAGUUUCCCGUUCCCCGUUCCCCGAUCCUGUCUCCGCUCCAGUCCCAGUCGCGUCUCCGGCCCCGCGCUUUUCGCGAGUGUUGUGUCUGUGCCUUUUUCGUCUUGGAUUAUACUCCUGUUUUCCAGUGGGAAAAUAGGGCAGCACGCAGAACUUAAGCCACCAGGGCCAUGAGGAAUUCAAACCUGCUAAAAUGGGCUCAGAGUAUGAACAACAAACAGUCGGCGAAAAAUGGAAAAACAGAAGACAACAGAAAUUGGAUUCAUCCUCCAGAUACCCUUCAAAGAGGCCAUAUCGCUUAUCUAGUCAAGUUCCUUGGAAGCACUGAGGUAGAUCAACCCAAAGGUAUAGAAGUUGUUAAGGAAGGCAUUAGGAAGUUGAAAUUUAAUCAGCACUUGAAGAAGUCAGAAGGCUCAUCAAAAAUACCGAAAGUAGAACUUACCAUAAGUGUAGAUGGAGUUGCCAUCCAGGAACCAAAAACGAAGCGGAUAUUGUAUCAAUAUCCUCUUCAUCGUAUCUCCUAUUGUGCCGAUGAUAAGGGUGAAAAAAGGUUUUUCAGCUUUAUUGCCAAAGAAUCAGCAGAAAGUGAACAGCACACCUGUUUUGUGUUUGUCUCAGACAAACUUGCAGAAGAAAUCACGCUCACGAUAGGACAAGCUUUUGAUUUAGCCUACAAACGGUUCCUUGAGUUAGAGGCAGAGAGGAAAGUAAUGGUGCUAUCCCAAAGAGUGAAGCGACUUGAAACAGAGAACUCAGCAUUCCGGGAACGCCUAUCUGAUGUGAUAUCUUAUUUGGAAGGGCACCCACAGUUACAAGAAGAUCUCCAAAACUACAUGAGACGCAACAAUAUCACAAACAUGCUGGAAGUAAGCCAAAGCACCCCAAGUAACGAAACGAACAGCUCAAUGUCAUCACCACAAAAUUCACAAAAUGUUUCGCAGAAUGGAACUCAGAAUGGGUCGCAAAAUGGCUCACAAAAUGGUUACUUGUUGUUGCUCAACUUCAAUGACUCAAAUAAUCAGACUUCUCCUCCUCCUGUUCCACCCAGAGCUUUCCAGAAUCAGCCUUUCGAACAAAAUGAUUUGAUCAGCAAUAAUAAUUUUGAGCCAGCUGUUGGCACCAAACUUGAGGGACUAUUACUCGAUGAAUUAGAUGACGAUUUCAAUCCUCGAGCAUAUGAAACAGUAGGUGACUCCUCUGCAGCUCAAAACCAAACUGGUUUCACAUCAAACGGCAAUCUUCACUCUCCACCUCCAUUAUUGGCUCCUCCGCCGAAAACAAACCGAGACACAGCUCGAAGAUCAAACCCACCCAACAAUUUCUCUAAGAACAACAUCAAUGGUGCAUCCAUGAAUGGUGGAAGUGAGGAUGUCUUUGGGCUUACACCAUUCAACAACAAUAAGAUGAGCUCUGCAUCAUUAGAUCCUUUUGGAAUGGCUGAUUUCUCAAACCAAGAUACUGCAAGCAAUGGAACUUCACAGCACAACGAUAUGGACAGCGCUAUGUCUCUGCUCGACAAGAGAAUCUUAGAAAUGAAGGAUGGAUUCAGCCGAGGUCUAUCUAUGUGCACAGAAGACUUCUCGAUUGAGAGUUUGGACCCUCUCCGGAAGUGAUCCCAAUAUCCUACUGGCGUUUUUGAACAGCUCUACUUAGAGUAUAUGUAUUUUCUGCAUCACAUUCCUCCAGGAUAGAAAAGCAUCUGACGGUAUGUUCCUGUAUGAGUGAAAUCCUUUCAUACAUGAAUUCAUCCCAGUAAAACCGUUAAAUUUGUGAAAAUGAAAAAGUACCUGUGCUGGAAGUAACUUGGAAGGCAUUAGUAAUUUUUAAGGUUUCAACUUGAAAGCAAUGAACGCUAUGUAAACUGUAGUUUUUUUAAACAUGAUUUUUUACACUUGGUUUGCUGUAGUUGUAUUUUUCAACCAUAUUUGGUUACUUCUUGCAGUUUUCAAAAUUAUGUCAAAAAUGCAACUAUGUGAUGCUCCAUUCACCAUUCUAAUUUUUUUCCUCUUGUAUAUUAAUUUUUGCUGUGCCUUUUUAAACUCUUCUAAUUUCAAACCAUUACAUCACUGAUUUUUUGUUGUUUUUAAGAGUUUAUUUCUUUUCAAUUGUAUCUAUGUGUAUGUAUGUAACCGCUGUGCUUUCUCUUUCCAAUUACCUGAGGCGGAUGUUUAUUCUCGAUCAGAUUCAUCCAAAGCAACUGUAUUGAAGAAAUUACCAAGUUCGCAUAAUCAAACGGAAAUGGACUGAUCAUAAUUAGAUUUUUUCUUCCGCCCCUAUUGCUGAAACUAAGUUUUUGAGGUCUUGUUUUAACUGUUCAGCAGUAAGUUUUAUGGAAAGUACAUGUAUGGCCUCAUAACCUGUAUAUUUUAAAAACCCGCCUCUCUCAAAACUGAGUUUUCUACUUCCAGUCAAUUGAUACUUGACUGAGGUUUUGCACAUUUUGACGAGUUGCAGAUUCGCUAGUUUUGUGCUUUCUGUGAAUGGUUCCUUUAAGUUACUCAGACCAUAGAACAGUUAACUUGACUUUUUCUUUACCCAGUUUUGUUAUCAUUUGAGUACUGGCCCAAUUAGUUCUAGAUUAUAACUUUUUGCUCAUCACACCAAAAAAUGAAAGGAAAAAAGUCAUCAUGCUUUCAAAGUAAAUAGUUUUAAUAUCAAGCAGUUAAUCCGCUCUUCCGGAGGAAAACUUCAUUUCGUUUUAUGGAAAAAACAUCGCUCAAAAAGCUCUGAAAAAUUCAAGAUUCUAAUGUGACCCCUGCAGUUAAAAAAUUGUUGAACACACAUACAGUUUAAACAGGAUUUUUUUAAUAUUGUGCUAGUGUUUAGUGUUUGUGUAGUGCUUUUUGUCUUAAAAUAUCACGCGCAUUUAAAAGCAAACUGAAGGAGAGAAAAGAAAGAGCUACCCAGCGUGUAUCUGAGAGACCCAGUAAUCUGAAUCUAAUGCUAACAGUGAAUGAAAGUAGUAUUUAAGUAAAAUAAAACUCUUGCAGAAAAUUCAGAGUAUGAGAUAUGAACGAAAAUUAGGGAUGAAUAAAAUAAUUUUAUUCCCAUCCUUGUUCAAUUAUGAACACAUUUUGACUAGAAUAUGUGAAUUCACAUUAAACAGGGAACUUUUUGCAGCUGUUGGAAGCAACAACAAUUGAAUGGAAGUUUGCUGAGUGGAAAUGGCAAUACUGAUUGGUAUGAAAAUUAUGAAAUUCCGUACUAGGACUACAAUAUCGGCAUAUUAUGCCAAGUUCUUUUGCUGUCGCAUAACAUGUAAAUAUUAGGCUAGCAAGCUCAUUAAAUUCAUACUCCUUUGUAUAAUGUUAUUUUCCUGCCUUGUUAUUACUACUAAUAGGGUCUAUGAAGUUUGUAAAUAAAUAUUUUAAGACCUUAAUCAAUAUUUCUCUUAUUCUCAAUCGAAGUUAGCGUUGAUAUAUAGUUACAUCAAAGAUUCGGAUUUUUAUAUAUUGUAUGAAAUAAACCUCGAUUAAACUGGCACUUACGUGAGACUGAUUUUUUAAACUGCACUGAGCAGGCUAUCUACUAUACUGGCAAGUUAAGGAAAAAUGCUGUUUUAACAUUCGAGAUUAGCUAAAUUUCCUCCAAUGAAAUGCUUAUUUUUCAGGAGAGUUAUGAAUAUUUUUUCUUGGAAUUAACAGAUAAUGUAGAUCUGAUUGCAAAUUAAAUUCUCUGAAAAAUUGGAGGAGAAAUAUUUAGAUUUUCCUGAUGAAUUAUCAUUCAUAUUCAAUCAAAGGAAAUUUGGUAACGUCUCAAGGCUCAAACGGCGUUCUUCCCUGGCACUGCAGUUUGUCCUUCCCCUGUAAAUCACAUUCUUGACUCAGUGUGUCACAUCAUGAAUUCAGAGGUGUUCCUUUUGACCUAGGCUUCCUCGCAAAAAACCAGUUUUUAACUGUAGAAAAUUCCAAAUGAAAUCACAUGUCUCUAAAAAAAUUGCAUGAAACACCUUCCCAUUUUACAACUUACAUUUCUCGACAGUGUGAUUUCAAGAGAAGCUGAAAUAUUUUAAUUUUAUCCUUUUAUUCAGGUGAAUAUAACAUUAGAAUGCUAUAUUCGUCAUUGUUAUAUUGCUAAACCAAUCUCCUAUAAAUAUCUGCUCUAUUGUAAAAGUUAGGUAGUAGCUGUAGUCAUAAUGCAUUUUAAAAAACGAAAUAAAAGACAUAUCCGUGAUAAGGAACUGCUUCCAUGAUUUGUGUCGCAAUUUUUUAUGUAUACAUAUUUUGUAUGAACCUUCUAUUCAAUCUUUAUUUUACACAGUUUUUGUUUAUACAUUUUUUGUCUAUCAUGUUGAUGAUUAUAAAUGAUUUUAUAGAUCUUGUUAAUUGAUGGUUAUAUUUACACUGUUUUUGAAUGUUGAAUUAACAUUCUAAGUGAAUGUAUUCAAUGUGUCGGUGCAAAUGAUUGUGCAAAUUUUUCAGCUUUCGUAGACGGAGCGAAGUUAAUUUUUCUGUACUGUGUAAAGAUAUUGUUAUAUUGAGAUUAUUUUGUUUAUUAAUGAUUGAUUGAUAAAAUAAAGAAAUUCUGUAAAUCGUG